UGUGCUCGGGUGCCACCGCUACGGUAACUGGCGGCUUUCCUGGACUGACACUUUAUACGCGAUUUAUAGAUGAAUAAAUUGACGAAUACGGAAAUCGCACCUUUUCGCACCUACGGAUCCCGGGUCCGUGAGCCGAGAUUUGGCGUGUGAUCACGUGAGGGGAGGGGGGGUGGUAAAGGAGGAAUAAGCGGCGGAUUGCGGCACAGAGACGGAGCCAUGGAGUAAUGGCAUUCGAACCCGCCUGUGUUUACCGAGUUUGUCUGGCUGAUUUGCCUUGAUAAGUGCAAUGUUUAGGAAGCUCAUGAUCGCCUGGAGAUGACCGGCGACGGGCCUGCUUGUACGCUUUAAUUUAAAGGACACUUCUUUUAUUAUCCAGGCCACUGCUUACUGUCCUUCUAUUGCCGACAAAAUGCAAUGAACACUUCUGGAAAGUGGUUGGUUUUCAUACCCAGGUGAAGGAGGGGGUCGAUGUUCAGCGGGGGGGAGUGACCUUGAAGACACGAACCACCAUUAUGGGUGUCCUGGCCAUGGUGUGAGAGUCACCACCAGGGGGGGCCAUGAAGCUGAACGAGCGCAGCGUGGCUCAUUAUGCCACUUGUGACUCCCCACCUGACAAGACUGGCUUUCUGUAUAAGAAGGGGGAGCGCAACACGGCCUACCACCGGCGCUGGUUCAUCCUUAAGGGUAACAUGCUGUUCUACUUUGAGGACCGGCUGAGCCGCGAGCCCAUUGGAGUCAUCGUGCUGGAGGGCUGCACCGUAGAGUUGUGCGAGUCAGUCGAGGAGUUUGCCUUCGCCAUCAAGUUCGACUGUGCCAGGGCCCGCAUCUACAAGAUGGCUGCCGAGAGCCAGGCCGGCAUGGAGUCGUGGGUGAAGGCGCUGUCGCGGGCCAGCUUCAGCUACAUGCGGCUGGUGGUGCAGGAGCUGGAGAGGCAGCUGGAGGAGAUGCAGGAGGCCGGGGCGGCGGCGGCACUGCAGGGCAGGCCCCGGUCAGGCAGGAAGUCAUUCCAGCAGGGGAACCGGCCCAAGGCCACGGCGCCAGCUGGCCCAACUCGCAGCCACCAUGAGGAGAUCCUCCUCCUGCCUGGAAACUCCAAGGAGAACGGGGUGGCCUGGAGCAAGCCUGCAGCCCUGCCAAAUGGCUGUGAGGGGCCCGCACCCUCCCAGGGCUUGGAGCAUGGUGCCGAUGGACCUCCCCCAGUUCCGCCCCGCAGGCGGGGAACUUCUGCACUCUCGACCUCCUCCUUGGAGAGCCCCGUUUCACCCGGGACCGGCUGCUUUGCCAGGCUGCACGAGUGGUACGGCAAAGAGGUGGCUGAGCUGCGGCAGGAGUGGCUGCAGAGUCAGUGAGAGCCCGUCCCCUUGGCACGCUGGCGUCCAAUCAGAUUCAGGGCAGCAUCUGCCAGACCUGAACACCUUAAAUCCUUCCACUUUUUCACUACAACUCUUCUAAUACUUUUAGCAUAAAUUGUGACUCAUUACCCUGUCACCUGAUUGUCCGACUGGGUAUUUUUUAAGUGUUUUUUUUUUUCUUUUUUCCAGGAACGUGUGAAUUUGAGGAUCUGGUUCCUUUGUUGGUUUUACUGGCAUUACUGUUAUUUUAUAGAGACAAACACACUGAAAAUGGUGACAGUUUUCUUCAUUGUUGUGUGUCAUGUUUGUUUAUGUAAGUCUGUACCAUGUUACCUUUUUCAAAACAUUUUUAAAGGCCAAAUAUCAGGAGUGCAGGUGAUGGACCUGCAGAUGGGGCUUGACCACUCCAGUCCUUUUUGUAGUUUUCAGUAUAGUAUAAAUAUUGGUUUGAGCAUUGGGGGAUAAUUAAGGCUCACAGCCAAUGAUCCUUGUGCUGUCCAUAGAAUUUUAGCCUAUCUAACUGACCACAGUGCAGCGUAACGACCCUGUGGUCUCUAAAGGGGUACAGUCACCAUGAUUCGUGCCUUUUUAAGUUGUAAAUGCUAUUUCUCAUCACUUGCUUUAUCCUGUGACCAGUGCCAAAACAUUUAAUCUGUGGGGAAGCUUCUUGCAUGUUUCAUGCGUGUUCUCCUGUUAAAGCGCACAGCUACAUCUGCUACAGCAUUUAAUAUUCCGAUGUAAAACUGAAUUAGCCACAUAUGUGUACAGUGCUGAUGGGAACCCGACAGAUUCCGGGUUUGAGGGGACCUGAAGUCGCAGUUCCUGUUUGAAGAUGUGCCACUUUGUCUGAAUUACAGCACUUCUGCAAAGACUGGCUGAAAUGCCUCUAGCCUGGAAAAAGUGAUGUCAGAUUGUAGGAAGUUCUUGCCACUAAAGGUGGUGCAACUUGUUUUUAAGUUUAUGGGGGAAAUAUUAUCCAAAACAUAUAUAAAUGGUGUAUUUUCCCUAAAAAAAAAAAAAAGGAAAAAAAAGAAAUUUUUGCUCUAGUCCCCUUUGUCUAAUUACGUUUUGUUUAAUGAUCUGAAUCCAGUCUGACUAACAUGCAAGGUGAAAUCUGGAUAAUACUUUUACAUGGCACUGUAUAAUAUAGUAACAUAUUAGACACAAUACACCAAUGAUCAUAUUUUAAGUGUCAUUAAAACUUCUUAAACUUUUUUUUUUUUUAUGUAAAAAAAAGCUCCUCACCAAGGAAAUGGUAAGAGAGGUAAGAAAACACACAUGCUUAUUGCCAGUUUGUAUAAGGGGACAAAUGCAAUAAAUGCACGAAUCAAGCUGUAA